AUGGACAUUGCACUCCUUCUCACGUCGGACGACGGGUCGAGCGACCACUCGGGCAUCAGCGGUACACGCUCGCGCUCAUCGAGUGCUUUGCCCAAGGCUACCUGCCGGACAUUAUGCUUGGCACGUCGCUCCGCUGCUUCCUCGCCGACAAGCUCUACUGCUCGCCGAUGCGCGUCUCCAAGAAACUUGCGACCGGCCGCCUCGCCGGCGUCGCGCUCCCGGCCAAGCUCGGCCCGAUCCGGUAUGAAAAACCAGCCCGUGGACCCGGUCCAGCAAGUCGUCAAGCUCGAGCAGCUCGCCGAGGCCGAGCGCGCGUACGCGGAGCGCCUCGACGCGUACGACAUCAAGUUUACCGACCCGACGGCGGUCAUGGAGAUGCAGACCAAGACGCAGGCGCCGUACCUCACGCGCGUCGGUCUCUGGAGCCGCACCGAGCAGCUCUACGCGUGGAAGCUCAUCGAGUGCUUCAUCAAGGGCCACAUCACGCUGCCCGUCGGGACGCGUCUCCGGUCGUUCCUCGCCGAGCGCCUGCGCUGCAGCCCGAUGCGCAUCUCCAAGAAGCUCGCGACCGGCUCGAUCGCUGGCAUUCACCUGCCCAAGAAGCUCGGCACGAUGGCCUACGCGCCACCCAAGGUUCUCCACGAUAGCAGCGAUACUAUGGACGGCAAGGUCGCGGCGCUCGCCGAGCUCCACCAGCUGCGCCAAGCGUGCUUUGGCUACAACUAG